GAGGUUUCUUUAUUCAUUAUAUUUUUUUAGAUUAAUAGGUCGAUUAAUCUGUUAUCGGUUGGGCUCUAGUAUGUUGUGUGUGACCACAGAUAUGAAUAGGUGAUUCGACACGCCGUUUUGAGCAGUGUGCCUACGGGGCCGCUAAGUUAAGAGGAGCAAAGACGUCAGCGCAUUCCAUGUCCGGAUGGCAAGAAAACUGAAAGAAAGGAUGCCAGUACAUUGUGCGGCAUAUGGUUGCAUACAACUGCGUACAAUUACAACAAGAGAACUCGGCGUAAACAUUAACAAGUAAAUAUAUUUUGGGUUUAAAAAAAAAUCUGUAUUGAUAACACACUCUUUGGCGUUGGUAAGAAAAUAAACCUCGUGAAAAUCGGUUGCGAAAUUAGCGAGUUACUACUAAUUUUCAAUGCCUUUGAUGGGAACAUCGACCCCUGCAACACGGCCGCCAGGUUGGCACGUGAGUUACAGUCGUGACGCUACAGCACACUGGCGCAUCUAUUCUUCAUAUCUAUGUUUGUGACAUACGGCUUGUCUCAUUCACAUUAAAAGCGUUCCUCAGAGACGAAAGUAGUGUGGGUCGCUAGGAAGGCAGGAACUAAAAUGUAUUGUACAAAAGAUAGAAAUGAGAGCAAUAUGUAAUGAACGUGUUCGAUGCAAAAGCGGAAGUGACGACACUGAUUUCGUCGUCGGGGUUUCCGCUUCAGUUACGGCCACGGCCACACACACACACACAUUUGUACACUUGAAUGCACACUAGUAGUAAUAUUUUUAGAUAAUAUACACAUGAUAAGGUAGCCACAACGAUAAACGCUGUAAAAUAAAACACGCAUAUACUUUGUUAGAAUUACUGUACUACAGUAAAGUACGGACUACAGGCGGCGACAUUUCCCCAUUCCACCGCUGGUACAAUUCGUCGAAAAAAUGGUGAACUCUUAACAGCCGUGGACGCCUCAAUGGUUUGAGCUGCGUGAAGGUGAAGACGGCCGACGGUUUUGUCUCCUCGGAGCUAGCCUGUCGUCCUCGAAGGGACGGCCGGGGGCAGCAGGAGCGAGCUGAGGCUGGAGCCUCGGGGGACCAGUCGGACAUGAACGGGGAGGAAAUCUUAUGCAGUCAACACUGUGCCCCCGCUUCAAGUUGUCCUCAGUCGGCGUCUCCGGUCCGCGAUGACAAGUUGACCAACAUGGCGCAGGAGGGAAGAAGUACUUCCCAGUGUUGCCAGAGGAGAGAUGUCCAGUGGUUGGGAGAAGGCCCAAUCGCAAAUGGUAUCGGCCCGACCGCGAAAGAUUGCCACUCUUCGGACACGGCAAGGCAUCUUUCCUCUUGCUGGUCAGACGAAUGUACAUCACCUCCACAGCUUCAAUGUCGCCUUGAGCCUGCUGCAGAGCGCCCCAUGCAGCUCGCUGCCGACAGGCAUCCCGCUCCUUUGCACAGUAGCAACCGAAGCUCUGCUGUGCCCCGCCGCAAGCAGCAAAAGCGAGCCAUGCCCAAAAUCCCCCGAGGGAAAAACUCCCAGAACAAAAAAGUUACAGACUUCUUUCCAAUAAGACGCAGCUCACGAAAAAGUAAAACGGAGCUCAAGUGUGAACAGAAGCACCUCAUUGACCACCUCAUCACAAACGGGAUAGAGGAAGGAAUGCAAGUGCGGCACAUGGAGGGAAAGGGCCGAGCGGUGUUUGCCACGCGAUACUUCCGGAAAGGCGAGUACGUGGUGGAGUACCACGGAGAUCUCCUGGAGAUGGCAGACGCCAAAAAGCGGGAGGCGGAGUACGCCCAGAACCCGGAGACGGGCUGCUACAUGUACUACUUUCAGUACCUCUGUAAAUCUUACUGCGUGGACGCUACCAAAGAGACCAAGCGUCUGGGGCGUCUGAUCAAUCACAGCAAGAGCGGCAACCUGCAGACCAAAUUGCACGACGUGGACGGCACGCCGCACCUCAUCCUGGUGGCGUCGCGGGACAUCGACGAGGGCGAGGAGCUGCUGUACGACUACGGCGACCGAAGCAAGGCGUCCAUCGCUGCGUACCCGUGGCUCAAACACUAACUCCAGGGAGAACCUCUUUUAUUUAUAAACACAACUCCCAAAAAUGUAGAGGUCAAAUUAAGGUCACCUGCAACAGUUAUGUUGCCCUUUCAGUUAAUCCUGAAAUUUCACCACAAAGCCGUUUUGGGAGUCGUGCUUCAUACACACUUUAUUUUUUUCUCUACACAUUUUCUACGAAUGACGCACGUGGGCAUACUUCUACAGGUUGGUGCAUUUUUAUACUUUUUUUUUUUUUUGAGCUUAUUACUGCACUAGUUUUUAAAGGACACUGAAUUCAAUCUAGAACAUUCUUCACACGGUAUCUUUGAAUUAUGGGCUUUUGCUUGUUUUUUACAGUUGGAUGAAUUGCAAACACAUUUUUAGAGGGUCUACUUCUGUUUAUUUUUGCAAAAAUAGCUUUUUUUUUUUACAAGCUUUUACAUGUGGGCCACACUGAAAAGAAAAUAAAGUAAUUAUUCUACCAGGAACACGUUGUUUUUUAUGACAAUCAAGUCAUGUUAAGACCUUUUUAGAAUCUUAUUUUCAAGAGAAAAAAAGAUUUGGAAGAUUAAGGUCCUAGUUAUUUGAAGAAAAAGGGUCACAUUUGAUUAAGAAAACCUAUUAUGAGAAAAAGUUGUCAUCGUUUAAAAAAACAAAACAAUUGCAAUCUUAUGAGUAGUAAGGCCAUUAUUUUUUCAGAAAAAAAGGGUCGCAUUCAAGAAAAACACUUCUAAGAAAAAGUCGUUAUUGUACCAAAAGAAGACUUGUGAGGGAAGUCAAAUUCACAAAAAAAUAGUGUGAGAAUUCUAAUUCUAAGAAGCCUAAUUCAUGGGGUAAAAAAAGUUACAUUUCAUAGGGGGAAAAGUUAUUUUACAAUCAAAGUUAAAAAAAAAUAUAUAUAUAUAUAAUUUUAAAACAAUAAAGGUAUAAUCUUUCAAGAUUAAAGUCCAGUUUUCAGGGGAAAUGUCCUUUUGAGAAUUAUUUUUUUAAAUUCUACGAGGAGAGUCGUCAUCCUAUGAAAAUAGUGUAUUUUAGAAGAAUGAGAAUACAAAUUGAAAUGUUACCAGAAUGAGAACAAACUCGUGAUGUUAUGGUAAUUAAUUAUUUUUUUUUAAUUAUUACUUUUUCUCACAAAAGUACCAAUACUUUUGUGAGAAAAAGUUGUUAGCUUCUGAAAAUUUUGAAAUGUUAGGAGAAGAGUCAUAUUACAAGAAUGAGAAUAACGUACUUUUAGGAGAAAUAAUAGCUGGAAUUUUACAAGGAUAAAUUGUACUCUUACAAGGAUGUCACAAUUUUUUCAGGGAUUCCUUUUUUUUUUUAGGAUAAAAUAUGAGAACCAAUGUAAUCUUUUGAUUUUUCAAUGAUAAUGUCAAAUACAGUCAUUUUCCUUAAUAAUAAAAUUCAUUUUCUUACAAGAAUAAAGUUGUUUUCUUUUUAGGGUAAAGUUUAAAUGACAGGAGAAUAGUCAUCAUCUUAAUGAGAAUGAUGAAGUUGUAGGAUGAGAAGAAUUGUCGUAUUUAUUGAUGAUAGUUUGAAUUUUUUCCAAGAAUAAAGUAAUGGGAAUAAAAUCCUAUUUUUGGAAAACGAAAUUCUGAGAAAGUCAGUACAAUGAGAAUAGUUCUCAAAAAAGAGUUCAGUGUUGUGUAUUUUAUUUACGAGAUUAACAUUGUAAAUUUACAAGGCAAAGGAAGGCUAAGAGGAGUAGUGGGGGCGAAUUUUGAAAUUCAUUUGUUAAAUGACUUUUCCUCGUUAGAUUUUAUUCUUGUAAUAUUCCAAUUUUCUUUAAUUGUUUUUGUUUUAAAAUUUGUAUCAUGGGGGGGCUUAUUCUUGGUAUAUAUAUUUUCUUUUCUGUGUGGCCGUAACACUCCUUGGUAACAAUGGAAUUUUCAUCUAACUCGUGUAAACAAGUCGGGCUGCAAAUUGUUGAAAUGACAAUUUUAAAAACGAUUACACGUUUAUUAUUGGAAAGUGUUCUGCCAGUCUUAAUGCUAAAUGAAGGCAAGUAGCUGUAGCCUCUGCCAGCUAAUUCUGCUAAGGGUAAACAGUCCGGCUGCAAAUUGUCAAAAUGAAUAGUUUAUUUCGGGUUUAAAAAGUUAACUAUGAGAAGGCGUUAAAAGUCUUAAAGGGAAGAUAAAAUAAGACAAGCCUGCUAGCCGUAGCCUAGUAAAAAAAUGUCUUCUGUUUUGUUGUUGUUGUUCUCCGUUACAGUACAGAGGUGUAACAAGUUCCCACUUGGAACAAAUUAAACAAAUACAGUGCAGCUCAGCCUCUGGCAAACGAGGAACAUGGCUACCGAUAUGCUUUUGGCGGUGUCAAACUCAUUUGUAACAGCAUUUAAACAUAUAAUGUACUGUACAUGUUUUCAGAGGCUGUUUUUAAAGAACAACAAAAAUGCUUUUAGUGUUCUAAACUUCUAUAAAAAUGAGUCGCGACUUUGCAACAAUUGGAAAAUGCGGGUCCCGGGGUCACACCAGUUGCGAACCACUGGUCUAGGAUGUAGUUUUAUUUUUAUAUGUAGUCGAAGUGUUGUUGAAACAUGAACAAGGACAACGCACAUAUGUUCCAACAUAGUCAGUAUAUUAUUGAAUUUCUGGAUUUUUAAGAAACAAGUAUCCCAUUAGCAUCGUCUGGCUCUCCUUUAAAUAUGUUUUUUUAUUCUUUUUUUUACAUUGACUUGUUGCAAUAAUAGCCGCCAUUUUAGGAUGUCGUCAUAGGUGCUAUAGCAGCCAAUAGGUCUUAAUGCUGGGCUUUAGGAAUAAACUUGUCAUAUGCAAAUAACAUUUCACUUGGGUUUCCUUU